UCACGUUUCUGAGUAUUUUUGUCAACUUUUUUUAACUCGUUUUGUGGGCCAUGACUGAUGACUUUGAGAAAUCCCUGCCGUUUGUGAACCUUCAACAUGUUUGUCAGGUGACGCUGAGAACGAUCCAUCAUCAGAUUGACAUCACAGCUGUGUGUUUCAGUAAUUGUGACUUUCUAAUCUGAAAUCAAGUGUACCACACAAAUUGUAAUUUGCAUUACAAUUCAUUACAAAUGUACUGAGGAGAAACUAUGGGCGCUGUUUAAAGUAAAUGUUUUAUAUACACAAGAUGUGCCAAAAACAUUCCAGCGAUGCCACAGACAGAAGAUCCACUUUGGUUUCCCGUAGAAGCUUUCAGUCACAGUUUGCUAAAAGAACCAUUUCUUUAUUAUCUUGUUAACAUUUCUCCAUUACAAAGAAGCUUUUGUGUAACCGCAAGCUUCAGUGGAUGUUAAAGGUUGUUUAUGGAAGCACAUCUCGACAUGUGUUCAUGUGCGUCUGUAGAUCUGCUCUGAUGUCUUGUUGUCAUUAUUCGAACAUUGAUCAUCGGCAUCCGUCAUGUUAAACAUUGAAGCGCGUGUAAAUGUGAUGAAACUGAAGAACUGAUGACAUUACCGCCGGCUGGCGAUAAGCGCCUGAUGAUCGCAUCUGUGAUCGGACUCAAUCAAAGCUCUCGAUAAACGCAUCACAUCAGACGCAAAGCACAGCAGGAGAUUCAUGAACGCUCAAACUUGAGUCGGGAUGUUUCUGAGGGUUUGUGAGCAUGUUAAUCCGCCUCAGAUCCGUUAUAAUAUAAAGCGCUUUUGUUGGAGCUGCGGAUCGGUUUCAGUUAAUUGGUGGUCUCACUGAUCGCGCGCGCGCGCGCAAAGCGCGUUUCUUCAUAUACGAGCAUUUAAACGAAACGCUUUAACAGCAAACAUUGCGUCUGAUGGAGCGGCCAUCGUGUGCUUUUCUCUUUAAAAGCUCGCAGACGUCUUUUCAUCACAUUUCAGAGAUGCGCAACAGAUCCACGCCGUUAUACGAGUCCGCGGGCAACAAAGGGAACAUUUCCAUAAAGAGCCAUUGACCAGUGAAACAUGAGCUCGUGAAAACUCACUGGAGCUUCACAUGUGGACUGUGGGACGAUGAGAAAUCACUAGACUGCCAAAGCCACACUAAACCAGCAGCGCUGAGGAGGUCUGGUCUGGACGGGUGCGCGAUGGUGAAGUUUAUUUCAGCUCCUGGCAUCUGAACUCUUCUCAAGUUCUCGGUGAAUUCUUGGCACUUCAUCGAUUCCCCCCGAAACGUACAGCUAAACGAAACUCAAUCCGCGUUAAUCUCUUUGUAGGAGGUAUAUAUGAGCGCCUUGUUCCCGAGCUGGAUGUAUGCGAAACACGCGUGAUCUCUGAGCGCGAAGCGCAUUUGGAGACGCGUCGCCGGCACCAUGGUGGAGCACAGCGGCCUGGACAUCAUGUGUAUGAACAAAUACAGCCCCGGCGCCUCCACGGACACGGAGAAGAAACUUUUCACACGGCUCAAGGUGAGUUUGACCAAGAGGUACCCGCAGAAGAACGCGGAGACGCUGAGCGCGCAGUACGGCGCCAACCUGCUGCUCAUCGGCGUGUCCGUGAUGCUCGCGCUCGCCCAGCACGGUACCGUCGUGAGGGAGGAACACCUGCUCACCUUCAUCACGGUGCUGAUGCUUGUGCAGCUCGCGUGGAUGCUCUGCUACAUGAUCCGGAGGGAGCGCGAGCGCAGUCCGCUGCCGGAGAGGGACGCGCACGCAGGGACCAGCUGGAUACGAGGUGGACUGACGAUGCUGGCGUUACUCUCCCUGAUCAUGGACGCGUUCCGCAUCGGGUACUUUGUGGGCUAUCACUCGUGCAUCUCUGCCGUUCUGGGGGUGUAUCCCAUCAUCCACGCGCUCCACACCAUCUCUCAGGUUCAUUUUCUUUGGUUCCACAUCAAAGACGUCAUCAAGAAAUAUGAAACGUUUGAAAGGUUUGGGGUGAUUCACGCCGUGUUCACUAACCUGUUGCUCUGGUGUAAUGGAGUGAUGUCAGAGGCUGAACAUUUCCUCAACAAUCACAGGAGGAGAUUAACUGCACUGGGACACGCAAACCACACCACAGUGGAGGUGGAGCCUCAAUGUAACUGCAGCACAAGCGUGUGCUCCAUGUUUUCCACCAGUCUCUACUAUCUGUACCCCUUCAACAUCGAGUAUCACAUCUUUGUGUCGGCGAUGUUGUUUGUCAUGUGGAAGAACAUCGGCCGCACGCUGGACCACCACACCAACCACAAGCGGCCUUCCACACGCAGCUCUGGCCUUCUGCUCGGGCCGGUCCUGGGUCUGCUGGCUCUGGCCAGCUCCAUCACAGUGCUGGUGGUGUAUCUCAUCCACGUGGAGAAGUCCGUGCAGACGCGCGAGGCGGCCGUUUCCAUGUUCUACUGCUACGGGGUGGUGAUGCUGGUGUGCAUGUGCGGGGCCAGCGGAACCGGACUCCUCAUCUACCGGAUGGAGGACUGGCCCAUGGACACUGGGCAGAACCCGUCCCGUGCGCUGGACUCGGAUCUGUUGCUGGGCUCGUCGCUGGGCUCGUGGCUGAUGUCAUGGUGCAGCGUGGUGGCGGUCGGAGCGAGUCAAAGUUCUCCUAGCUACCGCUGGACGUGUCUGGCCUACUCUCUUCUGCUGGUUCUGGAGAAGUGCAUUCAGAACCUCUUCAUCGUGGAGUCGCUGUACCGCAUGCGCACAGAUCCGGCCGGGGGUGAGGAGGGUUCCGGGUCGGUGCCUGAGAUCUUCUCUGUGGCCUCUUCGAUGGUUCCGCCGUACGACGGCAUCGUAAACCGGGCAUACGAGACGCAGGACAAGCGCUGCGGUCCUCUGGAGAACGAGGCGCACGAGAACCGUCAGGUGUACAGCAGGAAGUGCUCUGGAGUUACACUUCCUGUGGAAAACAGCCUAAACGUGACACCUGGAAGAAAGAGACAGGUCCUGAAGAACAUCACCAUCUUUCUCUUCAUGUGCAACAUCUCGUUGUGGCUUCUCCCGGCGUUCGGCUGUCGUCCGCAGUAUGACAAUCAUCUGGAGCAGGAGAUGUUCGGCUUCAGCGCGUGGAGCACCGUUCUGAACGUGGCCAUUCCUCUCAACCUCUUCUACCGCAUGCACUCUGUGGCGUCUCUCUUUGAGGUUUUCCGGAAGGUUUGAGCAUGUCGAGAACGACGACGUGUUUUCACAUGAAUGACAGAAGCAUGAUGCUCACAGAGACUAAAUUAAGUCAGAGAUGAAUGUGGAAUGAUCAGGACUUCUAUACAGUAUAAAUAUAUAUAUAUAUAUAUAUAUGUAUGUGUGUGUAUCAAUAGAGAUGUGUGUGUAUAUCUGGUGCUCUCACACACACACACACAGACUGUCAUUCAGAGUUUAUUGAUUGAUGAUUGACGUGUGUGUAAUGAGCCAUAAUGAAGAUCUAAUGAAGUUCUCAUAGGUUUCAUUGGUUGUUAGAGACGCUUCAUAACUGGAAUUUAACACAUCUCAGGCCAUGAAGACCACACACUCACUCACACAC